GCUUUCGUACAGGGCACGGUGAUUGAGCUGUCAACAAAUUGGACUCAAUUCGUGGAAGAGGUCCCAAAUCAUGGAUUAGGUGAAAGAAAAAUUGCGGCAAUGUUCUCCUUUUGACCCAGUGCAUAUAUAACGUGUCCACGCACCCAUCUCAGCGAAGGUGUACACCAGUGUGUGAGACAUGUCCGAUAAGAUGUCCAGUUUUCUGCACAUCGGGGACAUCUGCUCCAUGUAUGCAGAAGGUUCCACCAAUGGCUUCAUCAGCACCCUGGGCUUGGUGGAUGACCGCUGUGUGGUCCAGCCUGACACUGGGGACCUCAACAACCCUCCUAAGAAGUUCCGAGACUGUUUGUUCAGGCUGUGUCCUAUGAAUCGCUACUCUGCCCAGAAGCAGUUCUGGAAGGCAGCAAAGCCCGGAGGGAACAGCACCACAGACACAGUCCUGCUCAACAAGCUCCACCAUGCUGCAGAUUUGGAAAAGAAGCAAAAUGAUUCUGAAAAUAAGAAGCUACUGGGAACAGUGAUUCAAUAUGGGAACGUCAUUCAGCUGCUGCACCUGAAGAGUAACAAGUACCUGACGGUGAACAAGCGUCUGCCGGCCCUGCUGGAGAAGAACGCCAUGAGGGUGAUGCUGGACACGGCCGGGAACGAGGGCUCCUGGUUCUACAUCCAGCCCUUCUACAAGCUGCGCUCCAUUGGAGAUAGCGUGGUUAUUGGAGACAAGGUGGUCCUGAACCCUGUGAAUGCUGGACAGCCUCUCCACGCCAGCACACAUCAGCUGGUGGAUAACCCAGGGUGCAACGAGGUGAACUCGGUCAACUGUAACACCAGCUGGAAGAUAGUCCUGUUUAUGAAAUGGAGUGAUAACCAGGAAAUCAUUCUGAAAGGGGGCGAUGUAGUGCGGCUGUUCCACGCUGAGCAGGAGAAGUUCCUCACCUGUGACGACCACCGGAAAAAACAAUAUGUCUUCCUCCGCACCACAGGACGCCAGUCAGCUACCUCAGCGACCAGCAGCAAAGCCUUAUGGGAGGUGGAGGUGGUCCAACAUGACCCGUGUCGGGGCGGGGCUGGCUACUGGAACAGUCUCUUCAGGUUUAAACACCUGGCCACUGGCCACUACCUAGCAGCUGAGGUGAACCCAGACUAUGAGGAGGAGUGCCUGGAGUUUCGCUCCUCAUUAGACUCUGAGCACGAGGCUCUCCGCGCUCGCCUACGGAUCCCCCAGGAGAAGGUCAUGUACACACUGGUCUCUGUUCCCGAUGGCAACGACAUCUCUUCCAUCUUUGAGUUGGACCCUACCACCCUGAGAGGGGGAGACUCCCUCGUGCCCAGGAACUCAUACGUACGCCUGCGACACCUGUGCACUAACACAUGGGUUCACAGCACCAACCACCCCAUCGACAAGGAAGAGGAGAAACCUGUCAUGCUGCGCAUUGGCACUUCAGCGCUGAAGGAAGACAAAGAAGCUUUCGCUAUUGUGCCCGUCUCCCCGGCUGAAGUCAGAGACCUGGACUUUGCCAACGAUGCCAGCAAAGUACUGGCAUCAAUUGCGGGCAAACUGGAGAAGGGCACCAUCACUCAGAACGAGAGGAGGGCGGUAACCAAGCUGCUGGAGGACCUGGUCUUCUUCGUGGUGGACAUCCCCAACAAUGGGCAGGAUGUUCUGGAGAUCAUGGUGAACAAGCCCAACAGGGAGAGACAGAAACUGAUGAGGGAGCAGAAUAUUCUCAAACAGAUCUUCAAGCUCCUGCAGGCGCCCUUCACAGACAGUGGCGACGGGCCCAUGCUGAGGCUGGAGGAGCUGGCUGACCAGCGCCACGCCCCCUUCAGACACAUAUGCCGCCUCUGUUACCGAGUCCUCCGUCACUCCCAACAGGACUACAGGAAGAACCAGGAGUACAUAGCCAAGCAGUUCCGCUUCAUGCAGAAGCAGAUAGGCUACGACGUGCUGGCUGAGGACACCAUCACAGCCCUGCUCCACAACAACCGCAAGCUUCUGGAGAAACACAUCACCGCUGCCGAGAUCGACACCUUCGUCAGCCUGGUCAGGAAGAACCGAGAGCCCAGGUUUCUGGACUACCUGUCGGACCUGUGUGUGUCCAUGAACAAGUCCAUCCCUGUGACCCAGGAGCUCAUCUGUAAUGCUGUUCUAGACCCUUCCAAUGGAGAUAUCCUCAUAGAGACUAAACUGGUGCUGUCUAGAUUUGAGAUUGAGGGGGCCUCCAUUGGGGAGAAUUCUGUGGAGUCCGAGGAGGACGAGGAGGAGGUGUGGCUCUUCUGGAAGGACAGCAGCAAGGACAUCCGCAGCAAGAGCAUAAGGGAGUUGGCCCAGGACGCCAAGGAGGGCCAGAAGGAGGACCAGGAGGUGGUCAGCUACUACAGGUACCAGUUGAACCUGUUUGCCAGGAUGUGUCUGGACCGCCAGUACCUGGCCAUCAACAAGAUCUCUGGCCAGCUGGACGUGGACCUGAUCCUGCGCUGCAUGUCUGACGAGGACCUGCCCUUUGACCUGCGUGCGUCCUUCUGCCGCAUGAUGCUGCACAUGCACGUGGAUCGGGACCCACAAGAGCAGGUUACGCCCGUCAAGUACGCCCGCCUCUGGUCCGAGAUCCCUUCAGAGAUUGCCAUAGAUGACUACGACAACGACGGCAUGUCCAAAGAUGAGAUCAAGGAGCGUUUCUGCCAGACCAUGGAAUUUGUAGAGAACUACCUCAGAGACGUCGUGUGUCAGAGCUUCCCCUUCGCCGACAAAGAGAAGAACAAACUCACCUUCGAGGUAGUGAACCUGGCCAGGAACCUCAUCUACUUUGGGUUCUACAACUUUAGUGACCUUCUACGGCUGACUAAGAUCCUGUUGGCCAUCCUGGACUGUGUCCAUGUCAGCACCAUCUUCCCCGUUAACAAGCUGGAGAAAGGAGAUGAUAAUAAAGGCAGUAACGUGAUGAGGUCCAUCCAUGGUGUGGGGGAGUUGAUGACUCAGGUGGUCCUGAGAGGGGGGGGCUUCCUUCCCACCACCCCCAUCAACCCCCCCAACGGGGAUGUGGUGAAGACCCAGACGGAGCCAGAGAAACAGGACAUCCUGGUGAUGGAUACCAAGCUCAAGAUCAUCGAGAUCCUACAGUUCAUCCUGAACGUGCGUCUGGACUACCGGAUCUCCUGUCUGCUCUGUAUCUUCAAACGGGAGUUUGAUGAGAGUAACUCCCAGUCUGAAUUGUCUCUCUCAGGAACAAUAGAGGGACCCAACAACAUGCCAGGAGCUCUGGAUUUUGAGCACAUCGAGGAGCAGGCAGAGGGGAUCUUUGGUGGAAGUGAGGAGAACACCCCGCUCGACCUAGAUGAUCAUGGUGGUCGUACCUUCCUAAGGGUCCUGCUCCAUCUGACUAUGCAUGACUACCCUCCCCUGGUGUCCAGGGCUCUUCACCUGCUCUUUAGACACUUCAGCCAGAGACAGGAGGUUCUUCAGGCCUUCAAGCAGGUCCAGCUGCUGGUGACCAGUCAGGAUGUGGAGAACUACAAGCAGAUCAAGUCUGACCUGGAUCAGCUACGCUCCAUAGUGGAGAAGUCUGAGCUGUGGGUCUAUAAGCGUCAGGGUCCAGACGAGGGCAUGGAUGCAGGAGAGGGCCUCUCCACCGACUCCAAACACAAGGGAGACUCGGGCUCAGACAAACCCAAGAAACCAGAAAGCACCAGCAGUUACAACUACAGAGUGGUGAAGGAGAUCCUGCUUCGUCUCAGCAGGCUGUGUGUCCAGGAGGGUCUGUCAGGCAGGAAGAGCAAGAAGCAGCAGCAGAGACUGCUAAGGAACAUGGGGGCCCACAGUGUGGUCCUGGAGCUCCUGCAGAUCCCCUAUGAGAAGGGGGAAGACAUCCGCAUGCAGGAGAUAAUGAAACUGGCCCACCAGUUCCUGCAGAACUUCUGUGCAGGAAACCAACAGAACCAGGCCCUCCUUCACAAACACAUCAACCUGUUCCUCAACCCUGGGAUCCUGGAGGCGGUCACCAUGCAGCACAUCUUCAUGAACAACUUCCAGCUGUGCAGCGAGAUCAACGAGCGCGUGGUGCAGCACUUUGUCCACUGCAUCGAGACCCACGGCAGAAACGUCCAGUACCUCAAGUUCCUCCAGACCAUCGUCAAGGCCGAGAACAAGUUCAUCAAGAAGUGUCAGGACAUCGUCAUGGCUGAGUUGGUGAACGCUGGCGAGGACGUCCUGGUCUUCUACAACGACCGCGCCUCCUUCCAGACCCUGGUCCAGAUGAUGAGGUCAGAGCGCGACCGCAUGGACGAGAACAGCCCGCUGAUGUACCACAUCCACCUGGUGGAGCUGCUGGCCGUCUGCACCGAGGGCAAGAACGUCUACACCGAGAUCAAGUGCAACUCCCUGCUGCCCCUGGACGACAUCGUGCGAGUGGUCACUCACGAGGACUGCAUACCUGAGGUGAAGAUCGCCUACAUCAACUUCCUGAACCACUGCUAUGUGGACACAGAGGUGGAGAUGAAGGAGAUCUACACCAGCAACCACAUGUGGAAGCUCUUUGAGAACUUCCUUGUAGACAUAUGCAGGGUGUGCAACAACACGAGUGAUCGCAAGCAUGCUGACACCAUCCUGGAGCGUUACGUGACCGAGACGGUCAUGAGCAUCGUGACCACCUUCUUCAGCUCGCCCUUCUCUGACCAGAGCACCAGUCUGCAGACCAGACAGCCAGUGUUUGUGCAGCUCUUGCAGGCGGUGUUCAGGGUCUACCACUGUAACUGGCUUGUACCUGUUCAGAAGGGCUCAGUGGAGAGCUGUAUCAAGGUGCUAUCUGAUGUCGCCAAAGGCAGAGCCAUAGCUAUCCCAGUGGACCUGGACAGCCAGGUGAACAACCUGUUUGUCAAGUCCAACAACAUUGUCCAGAAGACGGCCAUGAGCUGGAGGAUGUCCGCCCGCAACGCGGCCCGCAGAGACUCUGUCCUCACCGCAUCCCGAGACUACAGGAACAUCAUCGAGAGACUGCAGGACAUCGUGUCUGCGCUGGAGGACCGCCUGCGGCCCCUGGUCCAGGCUGAGCUGUCUGUCCUGGUGGACGUGCUGCACCGGCCGGAGCUGCUGUUCCCGGAGAACACAGACUCACGCAGGAAGUGUGAGAGCGGAGGCUUCAUCUGCAAACUGAUCAAGCACACCAAGCAGCUGCUGGAGGAGAACGAGGAGCGCCUUUGCAUCAAGGUUCUGCAGACCCUCAGAGAGAUGAUGACCAAAGACCGUGGCUAUGGAGAGAAGCUCAGGGCCUUUGAUGAUGAAAUGGAUAUGCCUGAGGAGCUGGAUCAGAACCAGCCCCAGAAGCUACUGGAGGACCAGAGGAGGGGCGAGGCACUACGGCAGAUUCUGGUGAAUCGUUACUAUGGCAACUUCCGGAGUGGGGGUGGGCGGAGGGACAGCAUCACUGCCUUCAGCAACGGACCCCUGAGCCCUGUAGGACCUGGAAAGAGCCAAUCAGGUGCCUUCACCCCAGGUCUGGGUGGUCCGGGGGCGCUGAGUCGGGGAGAGAUGAGCCUGGCAGAGGUACAGUGUCACCUGGACAAGGAGGGCGCAUCUGACCUGGUCAUUGACCUCAUCAUGAACACCACCAGCGACCGUGUCUUCCAGGAGAGCAUCCUAUUGGCCAUUGCCCUGCUGGAAGGUGGCAACACUACCAUCCAGCGUUCGUUUUUCUGUCGUCUGACAGAGGACAAGAAAUCGGAGAAGUUCUUCCGGGUGUUCUAUGACCGUAUGAAGCUGGCCCAGCUCGAGAUCAAGGCCACCGUCACUGUCAACACCAGCGACCUGGGUAACAGGAAGAAGGAUGAUGAUGCCCAGGAUAAAGACUUGCCUGUACGCAAAAAAGCCAAAGACUCAGCAGUGGUGGUGACGGAGGACGUGAGGGGGCAGCUGCUGGAGGCCUCCUCCGCUACCAAGAAGGCCUUCAACUCGUACCGGCGCGAGGCGGACCCCGAAGACCACUUCUCAGCAGCCGACGGCCAACUCACCGCCGGCGACAAGACCCAGGACGAGGGCGAGAUGAGCUUCAUCAUCGUCAUCAUGCAGCCCAUCCUGCGCUUCCUCCAGCUGCUCUGUGAGAACCAUAACCGUGACCUGCAGAACUUUUUGCGUUGUCAAAACAACAAGAACAACUAUAACCUGGUGUGUGAGACGCUGCAGUUCCUGGACUGCAUCUGUGGCAGCACCACCGGAGGCCUGGGGCUGCUGGGGCUCUACAUCAACGACAAGAACGUGGCCCUCAUCAACCAGACUGUGGAGAGCCUGACGGAGUACUGCCAGGGGCCCUGCCACGAGAACCAGAACUGCAUUGCCACCCAUGAGUCCAAUGGGAUUGACAUCAUCAUCGCCCUGAUCCUGAAUGACAUCAACCCUCUUGGAAAGAAGAGAAUGGACCUGGUCCUGGAGCUUAAGAACAAUGCCUCCAAGCUGCUCCUGGCCAUCAUGGAGAGCCGACAUGACAGUGAGAACGCUGAGAGGAUCCUCUACAACAUGAGGCCCAAGGAGCUGGUGGAGGUUAUAAAAAAGGCCUACCUCCAAGGCGAGGUGGAGUUUGAAGACCCUGAGGAGGAGGAGGAGAUUGGGGAGGAGGAGGAACACGAUGCCGCCUCCCCCAGGAACGUGGGACACAACAUCUACAUAUUGGCACAUCAGCUGGCACGUCACAACAAGGAACUGCAGGUGAUGCUGAAGCCAGGAGGCUCUGAGGGAGACGAGGCCUUGGAGUACUAUGCCAAACACACCGCCCAGAUAGAGAUAGUGCGCCAUGAUCGCACCAUGGAGGAGAUUGUUUUCCCAGUACCCAAUAUAUGUGAGUUCCUGACCCGCGAAUCCAAGCUGCGAAUAUACUACACCACAGAGCGAGACGAGCAGGGUAGCAAGAUCAACGACUUCUUCCUCAGGGCAGAGGACCUCUUCAACGAGAUGAACUGGCAGAAGAAACUCAGAGCCCAGCCAGUGUUGUACUGGUGCUCCCGCAACAUGUCCCUGUGGAGCAACGUGUCGUUCAAUCUGGCCGUGCUCAUGAACCUGCUGGUGGCUUUCUUCUACCCUCUGGAGGGCAUCAGAGAAGGUAUACUGGAGCCCCACCUGUCUGCCCUGCUAUGGAUAGGUAUGGUGGUAUCGCUAUCCAUUGUCAUCGUCAUGCCCCAGCCCCUGGGCAUCCGGGCCCUCAUCCUAGCCACCAUCCUCCGCCUCAUCUUCUCUGUGGGCCUGGAGCCCACCCUCUUCCUGCUGGGAGCUUUCAACGUGUGUAAUAAGAUCAUCUUCCUGAUGAGUUUUGUGGGGAACCGAGGGACGUUCACGCGGGGCUACAAGGCUAUGGUGUUGGACGUGGAGUUCCUCUACCACCUGCUCUACCUCAUCAUCUGCAGCCUCGGGGUGUUCGUCCAUGUCUUCUUCUACAGCCUGCUGCUGUUUGACCUGGUGUACCGGGAGGAGACCCUGCUAAACGUCAUCAAGAGUGUGACCCGUAACGGGCGCUCCAUCGUGCUGACGGCUGUGCUGGCUCUCAUCCUGGUCUACCUCUUCUCCAUCGUGGGCUACAUCUUCUUCAAGGACGACUUCAUCCUGGAGGUGGACCGCAUCCCCAAUACCACCUCCCCCACGCUGGAGAACAGCGGGAGCAUGGCCAGUGAGCUGCUGUCUAGCAGUGUGUGUCGUCCUGACACUGGAGAGAACUGCACCACAGCCGUCCUACAGCAAGACUCCUCAGUGGACAAGGGGGAGGAUGACGACAAGGAGAGGACAUGUGACUCUCUGCUCAUGUGUAUCGUUACCGUGCUGAGCCACGGCCUGAGGAGUGGAGGGGGGGUCGGAGACGUCCUACGAAAGCCCUCCAAAGAGGAACCCCUGUUUGCUGCUCGGGUCAUUUAUGACCUGCUGUUCUUCUUCAUGGUCAUCAUCAUUGUCCUCAACCUCAUCUUUGGAGUCAUCAUCGACACCUUUGCGGACCUGAGGAGUGAGAAGCAGAAGAAAGAGGAGGUCUUGAAGACGACCUGCUUCAUCUGCGGCUUGGAGAGAGACAAGUUUGACAACAAGACAGUGACGUUUGAGGAGCAUAUCAAAGAGGAACACAACAUGUGGCACUAUCUGUUCUUCAUAGUCCUGGUGAAGGUGAAAGACUCCACUGAGUACACAGGUCCUGAGAGCUACGUAGCAGAGAUGAUCAAGGAACACAACCUGGACUGGUUCCCUCGGAUGCGUGCAAUGUCUCUUGUGAGCAGUGAUGCGGAGGGUGAGCAGAACGAGAUCAGGAACCUGCAGGAGAAGCUGGAGUCAGCCAUGAGGCUGGUGGGCAACCUGUCUGGACAGCUCACUGAGCUCAAAGAGCAGAUGACUGAGCAGAGGAAACAGAAACAGAGGAUAGGUCUGCUGGGCCACCCCCCCCACCCCCCCCACAUGAACGUCAACCCCCAGCAGCCUGCGUGAGGUCCAGAGUCACCUGCAUGAACCAGGGACCCGCCUUGCACUGCCUGGACACUUCUGACAGUCCAUGUGGUACACAGAAGAAUGCCAAUGUGUGUGAAUGCAGUCACAGUAGUAUGUUUGAUUGAAUUAUUGUCAUUGCGUCUGAGUGUGUUACUCACUGUGUGCGUUAACGUGUGGAUGUGUGGUUGUUCAUAGACAUGAGAGGAAGUGGCCUGUUCUGUAAGUUCACGUACUGGCUUCUUGACUUUCAAAUGCCUUACUGUAAGAUGUCUUUUUAGCCUCAAUGCCUUCUUCUUCAUCUUAUUCACUGCUUUGACGUGUGCCAAAGUCCUGUCAUUGUGAAGGAGGGAUUGCUCCUAUUCAGUGGCCUUGAACUGGGGGAGCUUGAAGCCUCAAUGUUGCACCAGUGCUGAAAUCUGAUUUUAGUCAUGUUACUUGAAACGUUUAUGGUGGCUUUGAAUGUAAAAUCUGUCAGGAAAAUAGCAGGUCAUCAUGUCUUAUGUAUGAAGAGAGAUUAAACCACAGUUAACCCGAAGUUAAUUUCUAAAAAUGAAGAAAUGGGUAUUUGCGUUCAUAUCAAGAGCUCAUGUAUCUGAAGAAAAUGAAUCUUCAAUAUUUUCUACGCUAACAAUGAUACAUAAAUGAAACAACACUGUACCAUCCCUCUCCUGUGAGUUUUGUGAUGAAGCUGCCAGCAAAGUUAGAGUCCUUAAACCCUCAAAUCUCCAUCUAUCCAUUAUGAUAAUACCCUUAUAGUUUUACCUUCCACCUUAUGUUCAGAUGUGGUGUCACACUCCAGUUCAGAAAGAAGCCAUGGUGUGUCAUAAAGUGUCUUUUCGUCACUUAACCUUCAGAGGAUGGUGUGAGGGGCGUGGCUCACAUAUAAGCAAGCACUGUAUGAAGAACGGAUUCUAGGUUAAGGUCUUAGGUAGGCCUGUAGUGUUUUGACCAGUGUUAAGGAGUCACUCUAAAGGAAGGCAUGUGGUAAAUGUCCAGUCACAUAUUGGGAGCACACCACACACGGAAGUAAGACCAUGGAAUCUUCCUGUUUUUGGAUAUGUUGGCACUGAAUUAUGUCAUGAAAAUCUAAUAUUUUAUAUACAUUCAUUUAUAUCUAGACCCUCAGCACUGAUCAUUUAUGUUAUAUAUAUAUAAAUAUUAUAUUGCCUGUAGCACAAGAAUGAAUGUUUUCUUAUUCAGUCUACGAAUGAGAGGCCGGUUUGUAGUUUGAUUGCCGUGUUUAUGUAAAGAAAAUCUCUAGAGUACUAAUAGGAUACUCAUGUUAGCCUUUGAUACUAAUAUGAUCUAUAUUUUUUCUUAAAUGUACAUUCCAUUCUUUAAAGUCUGUUUUAAUAAAUAUGUGUGAGAAAGCCA